AUGAAGCAGGGACCUCAGCUGGGCCUGAGGGCACCAGGAGUCUCCGUUCGGCCAGGACGAGCCCCCUACGUGGUGGGGCACAACUUAAUAAAGGCCCACGCGGAAGCCUGGCACCUCUACAAUGAGACCUUCCGGGCAAAGCAAGGAGGGUUAAUCUCCAUCACCAUCAACUCUGACUGGGCAGAACCAAGGAACCCACACAACCAGGAGGACGUCGAAGCCGCCAGACGGUACUUGCAGUUUCUCCUAGGUUGGUUUGCUCAUCCCAUUUUCAAAAAUGGGGAUUAUAAUGAAGUGAUGAAGAAGAGGAUUCGGGAACGCAGUCUGGCUCAGGGUCUCAAGAAGUCCCGCCUUCCAGAAUUUACUGAAAGUGAAAAGCAAAGAAUUAAAGGCACGUACGACUACUUUGGGCUAAAUCACUACACCACAGUUCUAGCCUACAACUUGAACUACCCUGCUGGCGUGAUGUCCUAUGACUCCGACAGGGGUGUAGCCUCAGUGAGCGACCGCAGCUGGCUCAACUCGGGUUCUGCCUGGCUAAAGGUGACACCCUUUGGCUUCCGAAAGCUCCUGAGAUGGAUAAAGGAAGAGUACAAUGACCCCCCCAUUUACGUGACUGAAAACGGGAUCUCGGAAAGGGGAGCCUUCAACUUCAACGACACUUGGCGCACGCAUUACCAUCGGAGCUACAUUAACGAAGCGCUGAAAGCCGUUGUGCUGGAUGGUGUCGACUUGCGAGGCUACACCGCGUGGACGCUGAUGGACAACUUCGAGUGGGCAGUGGGCUUUGAUGAAAGGUUCGGGUUCUACCACGUGAACUUCACAGACCCCAACUUGCCGCGGCGCCCCAAGGCCUCCGCCAGGUUCUACUCACAGAUCAUCAACUGCAAUGGGUUUCCAGACCCAGCAACGGGCUCACAUCCCUGUCUGGAACCGGAGCCUGAAGGGACAGUGGCACCAACAGACACCGCCCCAGCCCCGCCUGAGAGCGUGCACUUUUUGGGACUGGAGUUAACAUCACAUAGUGCAGAAACAGGGCUGUACGUGCAAUUUGCUCUUUGUGUGGUUGUGGUGUUGGUCUUGGCUCUUCUUGCAUAUAAGUAUGGAAAAUUAUCCAAAAGAUCCCGUAAACGAAAACACAUGGAACUUCAUAAACUGUAAAAUUUUCACUUGCUAGUGUCUGUUUGGUUUGUUUUUUAUAAAAAAGCCUACAGCACUAGGAAAAGAAACCUGCUUGUACUACUGCAACUGUGUCUUGCCUCAGA